AUGCAGAGAACCUAUGACUGCCAGCCUACGCAACCAUGUUGGCCAUCAAAAUUGGAUUGGUCGAAUUUCAAUAAGACCAUCGCCGGCAAUCUUCGUGCAACCAUCAUGUUCGGUAGUCCAUGUUUUCCUAGCUCGCCUGAUUACAAGAACAACACCUGCCAAAACGUCAUCUCGAACUAUACCAAUGCCGAUUUCAGGGAAGGGAACUAUGGUGGAAUGGCUUACACCAACUGGGAGACUUGCGGCUCGGCAAACUGUUUGCCUGGUGUCAAUGCACCACAGUCAGAGACCUGUUCCCUUGGUCGAAUGUCAGCGUUCUACGUGGAUGCACAAGGCCCGAGAGAUGUUCAGGCUACACUGGCCUUUGUCAAGACUCACAAUAUCCGACUUACGGUCAAGAACACGGGUCAUGACUUUCUCGGCCGAAGCUCUGCUGCAAAUACCUUGGCUUUGUGGACCCACAACUUGAAGAAUCUUGAAUACCGAGCCGAUUUCAUGCCGAUGAACUGCCCGAGCAGCAGUGUACAGAAUGUUGGAAUCAUGGGAGCCGGAGUUGUUGCUCAUGAGGCCGUUGACUAUUUUCUGGGCUAUGGAAUGGAUGUUACGGUAGGUGCAUGCCCAACUGUAGGUAUUGCUGGCGGGUUUGGUCAAUCUGGCGGUCAUGGAGCUUUUGGACCCAGCUACGGAUUGAUGGUAGACCAGGCUAUUGAAUACGAAGUGGUCACCGCAGAUGGAAUCUUAAGAACGAUCAAUGAAUGCAACUCUCCAGAUCUCUUUUGGGCGAUGAGAGGGGGCGGAGGUGGAACUUUCGCGAUCCUUCUGACCUACAAGUUCAAACUCUACCCCAAGAAGGCCCUUGCAAUGUACACUUUCCGUGCCAAUAUCAAGGAUCCCGGUGCCAACACUACGCAGAGUCAGAUUCUCAACGACACAAUCACCACACUUGCCAAAACCCAAUUAGCUUGGUCAUACCAAGGAAUGGCAGGAUACGACUUUCUUUUCUACAAUUCCAUCGAGACCCACCAAAUACUACCGGGCAAUGGAGAUGUGAUGGGAAGACUGAAAGACAUUACUGCUGAAUGGACAGAUUUUAUCAGCAAUUAUCCUGGAUAUGAAGUCAUUCAAAAUAACUUUACACUCUUUGCAGAUCAAUCUGCCUACGAAUCUGGCACCGCACAUAUCAUUUCUCGGAAUAACCAAGUUGGCGUGGGAGCUUUACCAGCCAGCCGACUGGUUCCCAGGUCUCAAUUUGAAAGCUCGCAAUCAAUCGAUACUCUAGUUGGAGGUGUUCUGAAAGGUAUAGACAAUGCAAGACAACUGAACUCGUCUGAUAACCGAGUUGCAUUUGGCAUCUACAAGGUCACGCCAGCGAAUACACCAGAUACCCAAAGGUCAACAAGUGCCAAUCCAGCCUGGCGUGAUUCUCUUUGGCAUGUGAUUGUCGCUGGAGGAUGGGAGCAAGGAUUCCCAGAGGAGGACAUCAAGGAUGUUCAGAAGUAUGUCCGGCUUGGACUCAAGGGGCUUUCUGAUAUCCUUCCUUCCCAGGCGUGCUACACGAAUGAGGCAGACUAUGGUGAGGAGGAUUGGCAGUCUGUUUUCUUUGGUGAGAACUAUGAUAGGUUGCUCAAAAUCAAAGAGGAAUGGGAUCCAACCUUUCUGUUCAACUGCUGGAAAUGUGUUGGCUGGCUUGGCCCGGCCGAUGUAAUGUAUUCUUGCUACGGUGGCAAUCCCAUUCCAACAGGUUUUUAA